GGUAACUCACGCCAAACAACAUCUCAUUCUCAAGACUUGAAUUUUGAAAUACCAUGUCAAGUGCAACUUCUCGUUUGUCAAACUUCGGUACUGAUGUCGGAUAUGGAGAACAAGAACAUGAUGCAAAUUCAGCUCUUCUUGAGCUUGAUAAAGGUCUUCAUUCCAGCAAAGCUGGGGAGCAAUGUGAAGCUAUCGUUCGGUUUCCCAGACUGUUUGAGAAGUAUCCCUUCCCCAUCCUAAUCAACUCAGCAUUUCUUAAGCUAGCUGACGUCUUUAGAGAUGGAAACAACUUCUUGCGUCAGUGUGUCUUGAAGGUCUCUCAGCAGAGCGUGAAGCAUCUUGAUAAGAUUCUCAAUGUGGAUGAGUUUGUGAGGAGGAUAUUCUUUGUCAUCCAUAGCAACGAUCCUGUGGCAAGGGCCAUUACUCUCAGGGUUCUUGGUAGCAUAGCUCCAAUCAUUGCAGAACGUAAACGGGUCCAUCACAGCAUCCAUGCUGGUCUGGAUUCUCAUGAUCUCGUUGAGCUGGAGGCAGCCAUCUUCGCUGCCUCUUGCUUUGCAGCAGAGUCUAAGACAUUUGCUUCCGGUAUCAGCAACAAACUGGUCCAGUUGAUAGAAGGUUUAGCUACACCUAUUGACAUCAAGAUGAAGCUCAUCCCUAUCUUCUGUCACAUGCACUAUGACAGUGAGCUGUCUGGUAGCGUGCGUCACAUGUGUCUCCGACUCCUGGAGUCCUAUCCUGCAGAGAGUUUCCUGACUGUCACCCUAGACACCCUGACAGACCUUGCUGCUGCUUCACAUAUACACAUCCCUGAUCAGGUUGAUCUGUUGUUAGGUUACCUUGAAAACGACAUCCGACGUUCCAUCAAGUCCAUCUGCAUCGCCAAGCUCCGGACCCUGGCCCACAAGGCACCCCAUGCUUGGUCCCAGGCCAACGUGGACUCCCUGUGUCUCUUCUGCAAUGCUGACCAGGAGAAGAGGCUGGUUGUUGGUUGCCUAGAUAUCCUCCGGGUACUGUCCUCAUCGCCGGCAUUCCUGACGUCUGAUACCGAUGGCUCGGUCCGAGAACUGUGCAAGAAUCUCUUGACACACUGGGAAGUAUGUGUAACCUCCAGGGCCCUUCAGGUUCUCAUCAGGCUCCUGUGUCGACAGGGAGGACUCGCGGAUGAGAAGAUGAAGGAUGGCAUCGAGGAUGUCAGUGUUGCCAUGGAGACAGUUGCCACACAGUGCCUCAUGGAGGGAGGCUCAAAAUCCGCUGGGAAGAGUCUAAAGAUCACAUUAGAAAGCAUACACAGUCUGUGUAAGGCAUGUCCGUCACAAACGUCCAACUUCAUUGAGAUGUUAGCCACAAACUUGUCAUUAGCACCAGAUGUAGAGAGUAGUAUUCUUAUGUGUCACUGCCUGGCUAGCCUGUCUGAGAUCAAGCCCAAGCUCCUGGUCCAGAACAGGGAUAUCCUCCAAGACCAGUUCAGUCUGGUCCUACAGAAGGAAGAGAGUGGAUCAGAUGGAGACCAGGGAGUUUACCUAGUUGCACUUGCGGUGCUAUUGCUGAUUGAAGAGAAGACUUCGAAGCAGACUUUUAUUGAGGACAAAGCUGUGUUUCUAGCUGAAUGUAGACCUUGGGUUGCUUACCGAAUCGCUAGGCAAGCUACAAGAGUGGGUUGUCACAAAACUGCAAGUAAAAUCUUCAAGAAUCUAACUACACAGGUUGCUUCAGAGCAUUUUUAUUACUGGCUUGGUUCUUUGGAGGUCCUGAGUCAAGCAGAAGCCUACCUUAUGGAACUCAAGACCGAGAUUGAUCCAAGCAAUGCUGCUAAACUCUCCAGAGCUCUGCAGGAAUAUGAGAGUGGACUCGCUGUUUUAAAGGCUGGAGCUACACCUAACCAUCCCCUCAAGUUCCAGACAGAGUUUGCCCGUCUGAGAGCUGACUGGCUUCACACGUGUCUCGUCCUCAUGACCAACCUAGCCAGCAUCAGGACCUGCCCUCCACCUGCUAUAGCACCAGCUGUUGCCAUGACAACAGGACAAGAUCUGCUGCGCUGUGGUCACAUGGCUACUCAGAUGCAGAAGUCAUCCCAGAGACUGCAAUCCUUGGCUGAUAGCUAUGCUGAUCUAUACCUAUCGUCAUUUGAUGCUGACAUGGUCACUCUGAGUAGCAUCAAGAUUCUUCAGAGGCAUUGUCUUCUCCUAGUGUAUCUGAUUGAUGCCCUUAUACUCAACAGUUCAUCAUACAGUGGAAAGCACAUGAUCCAGCAGGAUCUGUUAGGAUCAAUCAAUGCUGGUGACCAUGGCAAUGACCUGAUGGCUGAAAGCAGUAGAGUGACCAAUCAGAUCCUCGCUGACCUCCAGACUGUCCUGGAAGAGACUGAAGGCAAUUCAGUAUCACAUCAGCAUACUGAGUGUAUACAAAGAGCAUCUCUAGCUCUUCUGAAGAUGUCCUUUGGGUUUCCUAGAUACUUCUACCAGGCUCUUCAAUCCACCAGUAUCAAGCUGAAUCUAUCUCCAUCACCCAGAGCUUCGGGUGAACCUGUAUCCAUAGCAACCAACACCCAUCUUGCUCUCAAAGUAGAAGGUGUCAUUCAGCAUGGGUCUCAACCAGGACUGUUUCGAAAAGUAGACCAAAUUGUCAUCAAUGUCAACACCACUUCUUCAUCCAACAACAAAACCGAGGAAAAACAACAAGAGACUGGACCAAAGGAAAUUGAAUGCCGCAUCACCCCGCACAAUGACUACUUCAGCCGUCAAGUCCUCCUUUUGUUCCCAACGGCUGGUCUUCAUUCCAUCAACGUUGAGACCAGUAUAGCCGAUGAAGAUGGUCAGCUCUGGAGGACGGGGCCCAAGACCAGUCUAGCGGUCAAGGCUUAUGUUGAUGGUGUGAUACAGCCACAGCAGCAGCAGCAGCCAUCACAGCAGGCAGGACACAGUCGUAUGAUAGCUGGACGUUCCACCCGCCUACCGAGUACCUCUAUGGGUGGUGGGAGUAGCAAGAUCAAAGACUUUGGUGAAGACAUCCUGUAGGAGUCACGGAUGUGUACAUUUUACAACUCUUGAUGUUGAGAGGAAAGAAUUCCAAAGCAAUUCAUUUCAUGGAAUGAUGGACCUUCUUAGCUGGAAGAAAGACAAGAUAAAGUUGGCAAACUAUACAACCAUUGCCACAUGCUAUGACAGAAGUACAUCUUGAUAUUUCCAACAAUAUUUUAUUAGAUGCAGAUCUUCAUUUUGGAUGAUUACUAAGCUAACACAAACAAGUGAAGAGGUUUCACAGUACAACAUGUAUUCUUUUGUGGGCAUGUGAAUGAUCAUAUGCUGACUUUGGAAGCUAUGAGCAAGCGUGUACUUGCUACUAACAUACACCUCUUGUAUGUCACUGUGAGUAGGACAUUUUAAAACGAUGCCCGAGUUGACUUGGAGUGAACAGCCAAUCAGAACAAAAAUUUGUCUAAAUUUGCAUUUCUUUGGACUAAAUAAGCACUUAUCCAGUUCUGUAUAUUUUGAAUGAUACCUUGAAUUAAGUUGGCUAGAAUGAAAUGCCAACAUUCUUCAUUGUAAUAAAAUGAUGAGAAUGAAAAUCUCAACCAAUAGUGUAUUCCUUUUUUAAAUCUUUGAAUUGGAUUAUUAUAUUGCUAUUUGUCAUCCAUGACUAUAAGAAACUGGUGCCUCUACAUGACUAUAAAAAACAAGCUGGUGCACAUGUAUACAGGUAAAUAUAUCAUUUAUUCAUAAUUUUUUUUUACAAAAAAUGAAAUAUACAGAAAUUUACAUCAUCAAUUUUAAUGUAUUUUGAACAUCUAGAUCUCUACACAUACCCCAUGCUCAAAAUUCAAUGUUUAGAGAGUUGUAUAAGAUUUUACAUCCCUCAAAGGUUAUGACUAGAAGUAUGCAUAUUUUGUAUAAAAAAAAACUAAAAUCAUUAGGCUAUGGCAGAAAAUUUUAGAAGCUUGUGAUGUUAUGAGCAUGAAACAAGAUGAGUUUUCCUAUUCACAAUGUAAUGAAAAAUCAAUCUUGCUAAACAUCAUACUACUAGGCCUGGGAGUAAAUAUCGAUUGAUCGAAUGGCAUACCGCCAAUCACCAAUCGAUUAGCAAAAUUUACACUAAUCGAAUGUUCGGCAGAUCCCGAUUAUGACGUUGGGAUAACUUGAAUACCCAAGUAAUAAUAACAAAAUGACACAUUCACAGUUACCGGUACACACCAACAUGAAAGAGCUCCGAAAAUGUUAAUCCCAUCCGACCUUGCCCUCGAUACACAUAAUCCGUCAUUGUAUGCGUGCACAAAACAGAAAGUAAACACACAACCAGCUCACUUGAGCUGAUUGGAACUUGAGCUUCAAUAGCCAAUCAAACUUUUGGGGAAACACAAGAAGCCACAUGGUUCCCUUAUCAGGAAAGGUCAUGACUUCAGAAAUAAACUGACCCCUCCCCCAUCUGUGUGACGGAGAGGGAACGGAGAAUUCCUUUCAUGUUUCAAAACAAUGCAACCUUUUUUAUAUCCCCCUCACACAAUGAAAACUACAUUCCAACAGCGCCCGCCUUUACUUACUC